CUCUCCUCUCCAAGAUGGCGGCGGGCGGCGGCGCGGAGGCGGGAUCCGGCCGAGCGGAGUGAAGACCUGGUCCUGUAGACGGAAAGGAGCCUGGACACAGUGACACAUUCUCAAAGGCCCUGCAGGAUCACCAUGGCUUAUGAUGACGCUGUGAAGAAAGAAGAUUGCUUUGAUGGUGAUCACAGCUUUGAGGACAUAGGACUAGCAGCUGGCCGAAGCCAACGAGAAAAGAAACGUUCUUACAAAGAUUUUUUAAGAGAAGAGGAAGAAAUCGCUGCUCAGGUCAGGAAUUCUUCCAAGAAGAAGUUAAAGGAUAGUGAACUUUACUUCUUGGGGACGGACACGCACAAGAAGAAGAGGAAGCACUCCUCUGAUGAUUACUACUAUGGAGGACAGUGGUUCUUGUUCUGAGUGCCGAUAAACCAGUGUGAAGGAGGAGAGAGGUGGAGGGCUGGUAUUUUGGAGGAUUCAGCAUAGAAGAACAGUCUUCAUUUGUGAUACACCAGAUAUUUCGUCUUUGGAAUCGUCACAGAAGAAAAAGAAAAGGUCCAGCCCACAAGCUGCUGAUACAGCUAUGGACCUGUUGAAAGCUAUCACUUCCCCCCUGGCAACAGGCUCCAAGCCCUCCAAAAAGACGGGAGAAAAGUCCUCUAGUUCUUCAAGCCAUUCAGAGAGUAGAAAGGAACACCACAGGAAGAAAGUAAGUGGAAGCAGUGGGGAACUAUCCCUGGAGGACAGUGGUUCCCACAAAUCCAAAAAAAUGAAACCGCUCUAUGUGAACACUGAGACACUGACCCUUCGUGAGCCAGAUGGUUUAAAGAUGAAACUUAUUCUCUCACCAAAGGAGAAGGGAAACAGUUCAGUUGAUGAGGAGUCUUUUCAGUACCCCUCUCAGCAAGCAACUGCAAAAAAGUCCUCUAAGAAAUCAGCUCGGGAUGAGCAAGGUGCUUUACUCCUAGGACACGAGUUACAGAGCUUUCUGAAAACAGCCCGGAAGAAGCACAAGUCAUCCUCAGACCCACAUUCGUCUCCUGGCCCUGAAGGCUGUGCGUCAGAUACCUCCCAGUUCCCAGAAUCCCACAGUGCUAACCUGGAUCUUUCAGUGCUUGAACCUAUCCUAGUAGAAUCAGACUCAUCCUCUGGAGGGGAGCUAGAGGCUGGCGAGUUGGUGAUAGAUGAUUCUUACCGGGAAAUCAAAAAGAAAAAGAAGUCAAAGAAGAGCAAAAAGAAGAAGGACAAGGAGAAGCAUAAAGAGAAACGCCACUCCAAGUCCAAGAGAAGUUCAGGACUUUCUGCUGCAGCAGUGGGAGAGAUCACAAUGACACCUGGCCCUCCUCCCAGCAUCCCCUACCCUGGAGCAGCUGCCACUCCCCCGCCGCUUCCUGGCCUCCACACAGAUGGGCAUAGUGAGAAAAAAAAGAAAAAAGAGGAGAAGGAUAAAGAGAGAGAAAGAGGAGAAAAGCCAAAAAAGAAGAACAUGUCAGCCUACCAGGUGUUCUGUAAAGAGUACCGUGUGACCAUUGUGGCCGACCACCCCGGCAUAGAUUUUGGGGAACUUAGUAAAAAGCUGGCUGAGGUGUGGAAGCAACUGCCAGAAAAGGACAAACUGAUUUGGAAGCAAAAAGCUCAGUAUUUGCAACACAAACAGAACAAAGCAGAAGCUACAACGGUGAAAAGAAAAGCAUCCAGCUCAGAAGGCUCCAUGAAAGUAAAAGCUUGCUCGGUAGGGGUGCUGUCACCCCAAAAGAAGUCCCCGCCCACCACCAUGUUAUUACCUGCCUCACCGGCCAAAGCCCCUGAGACAGAGCCCAUUGAUGUUGCUGCUCAUCUGCAGUUGUUGGGAGAGUCCCUCAGCCUCAUCGGACACCGCCUGCAGGAAACAGAGGGCAUGGUGGCUGUGUCCGGCAGCUUGUCAGUGCUUCUGGAUUCCAUCAUCUGUGCGCUCGGCCCCUUGGCAUGUCUGACCACACAACUACCUGAACUGAAUGGCUGUCCCAAACAGGUCUUGUCAAAUACACUAGACAACAUUGCUUACAUCAUGCCUGGACUGUGACAGCAGAGAAUCCUGGGACAGAAACCUUAUCCUACCCCGUUGCUGGUUUGUGUAUAUAUGACCGUUCCAGAUCCCUUCACUGGCCACUGGGUGUAGGUUUUAAAUUUUUAUAUACAUAUACAUAAAGUAUAUAUAUAUAUACAUAUAUAUAUAAUGUACAAUAUAUAGAUAGGGCUGUAACUACUUCGCUUUUAAUAAUUUUAUGAAAUGGCAAAGGUUUAGCCAAGAGGAAACCUUGGCAUGAAUAUGGGCUUGGUAUUCUUUUUUCUCCUGUGGUGGACAAAUCUGCCUUAAAAAUCAAUGAAACCUGGGGGCUGGGGGCUUGUUCUGGGUGCCAAGUGCAUCUCUUUAUGGACAGCUAAAAUGUGAUUUUUUUCCCCAAGCUCAGUUGUACCUCCAGACCCAUCACUGACCAUUUGCCUUACCUGUCUCACAGUCCGAAGUGUAACAGGACAGAUUAUGGGAAGAUGCCAGUUGGCUGAAAGUGCAAAAAGCCUUUCACCUUGAAGUGUCUUAGGUGGGAGGUGAUCUAAUCGUUCCCAUCUGACAGUUCCUGCGGUGGCGUAGGUGAGCCUAGUAGGGAGUUCAUUCCAGUUCCUGCUAUACAGGUGUCCACGUCUCAGAAUGUGUCGUAAUCAUUGGCAGCCUCAGCAAGGGCCGAGGAGUUUUGUGAGUCCCGGCAGCAUGAACACCUUGAGAAGGGUCCAGCUGUCAGUGCCACCAGGUGAACCGCGUACAUUGUGAGCUGAUCCAGAAUCUCUGGCCUGCAGAACGAAGAGCUGGCAUCUUCCAUUGGCUCAGCCCCAAGUCCUCCCAGGUUCUGCUUAGUUGCUUGGUGGCUGUAAAGAUGAACUGUGCCCCGUGGGAUUUUUGGGUUCAUCUUAUUGGCUCCCCUGGUGGGCAAAUACAGUGUUCUGCAUUCCACACAUAAGUGAAUUGCAAAAAAGUAACUGAUUCUCAUGUAGGUUUAUUUAUGUGCGCGUGUGAAUAUGUUUUAAUUAUGUGUAUUUAACUCUUUAAAAUCUCUUAGAUUUUAAUUUAUCCUGUAAAUUUCUGUAUAUAUAAUUUAAUAACAAAAGCCUCCACCAGCAACAGCAUGUGGAAGUUACAGAUUUGUUAUUUCUCCCUCCCUUCCUUCCUCUGACCUCCUCUGAAAACUCGAAAUCAUCUACAUUUUAAGGUAUUGUGCCUCACAAAGGAAUCAUUAUGUCAGGAUUCUAAUUCUUUAUAGUUCAAUAAUGUCAAGAAAGUAAAUAAAAAGGAAUGUUUCCAUUCCCAGCUGCCCUUAUUUCCAAAGAACCAGACUGUUGUUUCCUAGUUCCAAAGAAGACAGUUGAGCACUUCAGGGUUGUUUUUAAACGUGUGCGAUCCCUGCCCAACGCCAGCUCUGAGGUACCUGCCUUCUUCCCAGGCUAGAUGGAGCUCCCGGCGUCCAAGUGGAGGCUGAGGACAGUGCAGCCAGCGAGUCCUGUUUAAUGCCUUCCCUUCUCCCACCAGUGUGGUCACGGGGCUGUUUCUUAGAAGGUAUUCUGGCUGCUGAAUGCCUUUCUCAGCUCGGAGCAGUUUUGAGAUGUAAUUGGGGAAGCAGAAGGAAACGGGAAUAGUUGGGAACCAAAAUCAAGAACAGAAAUCUUGUUUUGAUUUUGUGUGUUAGAACCUGUACCAUGCCUCAUCUGUACCCAUGCAAGUUUCCUGUUUGACACAGGGUAUCAAGGAGGGAGGGGUCUUGAAGACACGGCUUAGUACCGAAAGGAGUCAGUCCUACCAUUGUCAUGUGUACACAUUAAUGAAAUCCUGAUGAGGACCUGCUUUUUGUUUGUUUUCCUUUCAAAUCCAGUCCUGUUGUAUUUGUAUUUAAAAUUUGUACACAUUUGUAUAAUAACCUGUACCUGUGGUAUUUGGUACUAUUAGAGGGAAAACUUUGGAUUCAGACCUUCUUGCAGUUUUUAUAUCAUUGUUUUAUUUUGUUUUUAAAAUAAAUCCUAGUGGUUUGAUCCAAAUUCUAUUACAGUUGUAUAAAGAAAUAAAAAUUUUGUACUUAUAUUAUUAAAAAUCACAUUUUUAAUAUUUAUA